GCUCCUGUGGUGUCAGGGACCUGUCUUCCCUGAGAUGCAGGAACCCACACAAGCUGCCUUCAUUAGAGAAGUCCACGUGACGGGAGCUGAAAUCUUGGCAGCUGUUGAGGCUAGAGCAGCAUCAAUUUCUGGAUGACAGAGCUUCACCAAGCAGUUCUAUGCUGCCCAGCUAGCCGCAAUGCAGGUUUCUCCAGGAGGGAAGCUCCUAGGCCUACCCCAAGGCAACCUUGGUGCUGCCGUGUCUCCUACCAGCAUUCACACAGACAAGAGCACAAACAGCCCACCACCCAAAAGCAAGGAUGAAGUGGCCCAGCCACUGAACCUAUCAGCUAAACCCAAGACCUCUGAUGGCAAAUCACCCACGUCACCCACCUCUCCCCACAUGCCAGCUCUGAGAAUAAGCAGUGGGGCGGGCCCCCUCAAAGCCUCCGCCCCGGCUGCGUUAGCUAGUCCUCCAGCAAGAGUUAGCACGAUAGGUUAUUUAAAUGACCAUGAUGCUGUCACCAAGGCAAUCCAAGAAGCUCGCCAGAUGAAGGAGCAGCUCAGGCGGGAGCAGCAGGCGCUGGACGGGAAGGUGGCUGUAGUGAACAGCAUAGGUCUCAACAACUGCCGGACAGACAAGGAAAAAACAACACUGGAGAGUCUGACUCAGCAGCUGGCAGUUAAACCGAACGAAGAAGGGAAGUUUAGCCAUGGAAUGAUGGAUUUCAACAUGAGUGGAGACUCUGACGGAAGCGCCGGAGUUUCAGAGUCAAGAAUUUACAGGGAAUCUCGGGGACGUGGCAGCAACGAGCCCCAUAUAAAGCGUCCGAUGAAUGCCUUCAUGGUGUGGGCAAAAGAUGAACGGAGGAAAAUACUUCAGGCUUUUCCUGACAUGCACAAUUCCAACAUCAGCAAGAUAUUGGGAUCUCGCUGGAAAGCUAUGACCAACCUAGAGAAACAGCCAUAUUAUGAAGAGCAGGCCCGCCUCAGCAAACAGCACCUGGAGAAGUACCCAGAUUAUAAGUACAAGCCCAGGCCAAAGCGCACCUGCCUGGUGGAUGGCAAGAAGCUGCGCAUCGGGGAGUACAAGGCCAUCAUGCGGAACCGGAGGCAGGAAAUGCGGCAGUACUUCAAUGUCGGGCAACAAGCACAGAUUCCCAUCGCAACUGCCGGAGUUGUGUACCCUGGAGCCAUCGCCAUGGCAGGAAUGCCAUCCCCUCACCUGCCCUCAGAGCACUCAAGUGUAUCCAGCAGCCCCGAGCCUGGGAUGCCCGUGAUUCAGAGCACUUACGGUGUGAAGGGAGAGGAGCCUCAUAUCAAAGAGGAAAUCCAAGCUGAGGACAUCAACGGAGAGAUUUACGAUGAGUAUGAUGAGGAAGAAGAUGACCCAGAUGUAGAUUAUGGGAGUGACAGCGAAAACCAUAUUGCAGGACAAGCCAACUGAUAAGGGCCAACAGACUGCGGUGAGCUGAGGACUUACAGAAGCCCUAGCUGGUCCAUCCUUGCCAGUGGCCAAGCACAUUAACUUUCUCAUACACUGACUGUUAUUUUAACUGUUAGUCUUAAAUAGUUGGGACAUCAGCUGACAGAUAGACCUCAGCCUCAAAGGCUCGGAAAGAAAAACCAUUACAAGCAAACAACAUCACCAAGCGAUUGAAAUAAGCUAUGGGUAAAAACAAUGCCAGUUACUCAGCUGCUACACCCAGCACUGAAGUCUCACCCGUCAACUUUUUUU